CUUAAUCCAAAUCUUUAGUAUUCUCUUUAAUCUCUGCUAAUCAAAUAGUGGAAGUGGAAGUAAGACAAAUGGCUUGUGUAACCAAAGAGACCAUAAGCCAAAAUCAAGAAAUUGACACAAUUGGUAACCACAAGCCUGGAAUUGAUGCAAGUGGCUUAAUGUUGGCUGCUAAAUUACCAAAGGUACACGAGGGUGAUUCCGUAAGACGUCCACGUGGCAGGCCAGCUGGCUCAAAGAACAAGCCUAAACCACCGAUCAUCAUCACCAGGGACAGUGCAAACGCCCUGAGAGCUCACGCGAUGGAGGUAAAUUCAGGGUGUGAUGUGAACGAAAGCCUAGUGAAUUUCGCCAGGAGGAAGCAACGUGGGAUAUGCGUGUUGAGCGCGACAGGGUGCGUGACAAACGUGACAUUGCGUCAACCGGCUACAUCAGGGUCCAUUGUGACACUACACGGGCGAUUUGAAAUCCUCUCGAUACUCGGGUCAGUCCUACCACCACCAGCCCCACCAGGGGUAACAGGGCUGACAAUUUACUUAGCUGGGGCUCAGGGACAGGUAAUAGGUGGGGGUGUGGUGGGUGCACUCAUCGCCUCAGGACCGGUGGUGAUCAUGGCUGCUACGUUCAUGAACGCAACGUUUGAUCGCUUGCCAUUAGACGAUGAUGAUCAUGUUGCUUCUGCUGCUGUCACUUCUGCUCAAAAUCAACAUUACCAGAAGACUCACCAACGCCAUCAGGUCGAUGUUCCGGAUAUCUAUGGCUUACCACAGAGUGUAAUUACUAAUGGUGCUUUGCAUCCUGAGGUUUAUUCAUGGGCACCUGGAAGAACUUUAUCAAAGUCCUAGAUUAGUUAAAGAGUUUGAAGUUGAAAAAAAAAUAAUAAUAAAGGAAUCAUAAAAUGUAGACAUUUGAUUUUUUAUAGUACUAGUACUUAAUUUUAUUUAGUUCAAUUCUAUUGUAAGCCCUUUAGUUGAGAAAGAAAAUCACAGGGCAAAUUGUACUUCAACAGUAACAGAGUAUUAGAUAUGCUAACUUUUCCUA